ACAAAAAGCAUCGUAAUGAAAUGGGGAGGCGGAGGCCGGAAGGUAGAUAACCAUGAGAACAAGACUGCUGAGGGUCAAUCUGCAUGUAAGAGGACUGAAGAACCAACAGCGCUUACGCGGGACAUGAAGGAGAUGAACGCAUCAAAGCUUGUUUACAUCGCAUUCUACUCACUUCUAGCCGCGAAAUUUGGGCAGUCAAUCCACUGCUACUCAUGUGAUCCUUAUGAAACAGAUGCCGCUAAUUCAUCAAAUUUCUGCGAGACUCACUCAAGAGUUAAAGACUGCUCGGAACAUCCUGAAUUCGGAGAACAUUACGACUCUUGCUUCACUCAAGUGAUUUACAAUCACGGUAAGACAAUUGCCAAAGUUAAAGAAUGCGCUUUUUCAAGUGGUUGCGAAGAGCUGGAGCAAAUUCUAUGCACGGACAUCGUGGAUGGGUCGGGAAAACCUUCGCCGCAAAAUUGUUGGGUGGAUUGUUGUCAAGAUGACUUUUGCAACACAGAUCCCGUAGACAGUCCAGGCUACGUUAAACGCAGACAGGCUGAGAGGAGUGAAGUUGCGCAUGUGCGUUCUAGGGGCAAUUUUGUGUUGAAGUCAGCAACGUUCGGUCCCGUGGUAACAAUCGCUUUCGUGGCUUUUCUUAAUGCGUUGAUUCCUUGGUGAAGCCUGCUUUGUGUUAAGAUUAAAGGUGGAUGGAAAGAAUGCUACGAUAGCGUGUUGGCUUCAAAGUAGAAGUUUCUUUACUCAGUUUCAAAGGUGUAAACAUUAUGGUGAUAUCAUGAAUGAAUUGCGAACCUCAUACAGCAAGUGACUAUGAUUAAUUUUUUCCCACAAAUUUCGAAAGAAAAUUGAACUGCGGUGUGCACAGAGAUUGUAAGUCACGUGCCUCCCCUAUUUGUAGGGCACGUGGCCCCCACAUGUGGUCACGUAGCGUCAUGUUAGAUAGACCCGAAGAGCUGACCUGAAGUGGAUUGUAAGAACUGUAAACAUUGUAUAUUCUCUGAGCUGAUAUAGCUUUAUAAACGAUUGAACAGUCUAUGCAAUAUAUAUAUGGCGUAAUUAAGAUCGAAACUAAUUUUUGUGUUUUUGAAUUAAAUGCUUUUAUUGGUUUAAUUCAA